UAAAAUAUACACGCGUUAAAUUAUGGUUUAGGUUUUCCUUCUGUUACGCUCUUCAUCCUCAUAUGCACGCUGAUUUGAUCAAUUCCCAGAUCCGAUUUUUCCUCAUAGUUCCCCCAAAGUUUCUGAAUAAUUUUAGCAGAGGAGAGAAAUUCUACCUUUGAUUAGAGAUCAUGAGCGGAGAUGCACCGCAGAAGCUAGACGAUGAGCAAAUUGCGGAACUUCGUGAGAUUUUCCGGUCAUUUGAUCGGAAUAACGACGGAAGCUUAACGCAACUUGAACUCGGAUCAUUACUCCGAUCCUUAGGAUUAAAGCCGAGUAAUGAUCAAUUGGAGGAUUUAAUACAAAAAGCGGACAGGAACAGCAAUGGUUUGAUUGAGUUUUCAGAAUUCGUGGCUUUGGUUGCGCCGGAGCUUAUACCGGCGAAAUCUCCGUACUCGGAGGAACAGCUGAAGAAGAUUUUUCAGAUGUUUGAUAGGGACGGCAAUGGUUUGAUAACCGCGGCGGAGUUGGCACAUUCGAUGGCAAAAUUAGGACAUGCGCUUACACAAGAAGAGCUAACAGGGAUGAUUAAGGAAGCUGACAGGGAUGGUGAUGGUUGUAUUAGCUUUGAGGAGUUUGCUCAGGCUAUGACUUCCGCUGCGUUUGACAAUUCAUGGACAUGAAACGCCUUUUCUUUCUGGUUUGUACUAUUUUGAUAGUUUUCAUUCUGACAAUCUUUUGAUUAAUUUUAGGCGCCUAUAGUUCUAGUGCCUGUUUAAGUCUUUCGUACAUAGCAGCAAAUAAAGUUUAUUUUUGACAAUUGCAAUGGCAUUGGAAAAUGGAUAUCCCUUGCUGUUUUAGGAUGGUCUAAAGAUUACUGAGUAUUUUCCAUUGGGGCAAUUAGUAAACAUAAAGUUCAUCUAUCUAUUACAAAAACAUACUGUGCUCGGAGAAGAACCGAUAUCAAUCAAAGAAGCUAUCUGGUGGAAAUAGAUGGGAGUGUUUCAAAAUG